AUUUGAAGAUGACAGAUUAUGCAGAAUCGUACAUUUUCAAAGCAGUCUUUCUUCCAUGUUAAUAUUGCAGUAAACCUGUGUGGAACGUUUUCGACUCUGCAUUUUGUUCGACAAUUUCAUAGCAUGGAGAAAUCCCUUGAAAAACACUUAGAGGACUGUUGCAGAAUGCCUGGGGUGAAUGGUGCUAUAUGUGUUGACCAGCAUGGCCUAUGCCUUUCAGCUAAAGGAAAUGUGUCCAAGUAUGUCUCAGGCCCAGUUGCUGCUAUCGCACAUCAUGCAGCAACUCUGAAUGGCCAGACAUUCAGCAGUCCUGUUAUUGUCAUAGAAUCACAAAACGGGAAGAUGUUAAUCAAGCAAGAGGAGGGCUUUACAACAGCAAUAAUAAAAUCCUAAGUUUUGUGGACUUUGUGAUAUUAAAAAAAUUGUGUGAUUCACUUUGUAAAUUUUGCUAUUUUUCAUGAUAAUUUUGAACAUCUCUAUGAGUCAUUAACUUUAAUGCAUCAUUUGUAAAUAUUUACAAUGAAACCUCUUUCGUGCAUUUUAAGGGAGACUGAAGACUUUCACCUUGCCCAUGGUAUAUUUGACACUAUUCAAGUGUAUAAAAAUGCCUUGAAAGAUCCUUUGUUCACCUAUGGUAGAGAGAUGUCUGAAUGUUCUACAGAGUUCCUAGCAAUGUCUUAUUUAAUGUGACUGUAACCAGGUGGAAGUCCAAGCCUGGUAUAAAGGCUGGCAUCAGUUAACUGCUGCUACAGUUCUAGUCAUUAAAAUGUGGUAUAAAUCACUCUAAACAUGUAUAGAUGAACACUGCUUGUGCUCAGCCUGUAACAGAUUUUUUUUUACUGGAUUGAGAAAUUGUGUGGGGAUUGUUUGGGUUUUAUGGCAUGUACCAUAAGCUUGAGGGCUGAUGCAGUUGUGAAAUGCGUUACAUUUGAUCACAUAAACAUUUCUCUAUUAGUGCUUGCCCUGUUAGGUACUAAGCAUUAAAUUAUUGUGCAAAAGAUGUACACAGAAAGGUUUAGUUUCUGUUAAAUAUCACCCAAGUUGAUAUCUUCAGUUUGUGUUGCUUUCUUUUCUGGCCACACAUCAGAUGAGAGAAAGUAAAGGCCCCUUUUCUUUCUCGGCCCAACUGUCUCUCAGCAGUGUCUGUAAUCAAAGCCUUUAAAUCCACCCUCAAAAAUCCAUCUUUAUCAAAAAUAUUUUUACUGUUCAAGCAGACUAUUCUGAUCACUCCUUAGCUUUCUUUUGUUGGGAUUUGUUUGUUAGUUUUGCAUCAGUCCAACUAGUUCAUAUGUGUAAUUGUGUCAUUGUUUGCAGAUACUUAUAUUUCUUGUACAGUUGACAUUUAAGUUCAUUGGUAGUUUUUUGUGUGAAGCACAUUUUCACAUCCAGAUGAGGAAAUAUGCUUUACAAACUCAAUUGGUAUCAUUAUCUUUAAAUAUAUGUCUAAUGCAAGCACUGUCUCAUGCAAGAUUACUGUCUUUUUUCUUUGGUAAGAUAUAUGAUGUUGCAUGUAAGAUAUAAGAUUAGGACAAAUAAUUGCUAAAUUCAUCAUAAAAAGGUAAAGGUCAACAGGUAUGGAACCUCUGGGUUUGGAUGCCAGUGUUCUAACCACUCUGCAUACUGCUUUCCAAAUAUGAAAUUGAUCAUAUUUUCUAUGUUUAAAAAGAAAACGGAAAAGUUUUAUUCAGAUGUGUUCCAAAUACAUAACCUUUCAUUCUCACGAACAAAAAACUAGCAGAUGUUCAUCCACAACAGUAUAAACUUAUGAUGUUUAAGUUAUUUUCAAUUGCUGCUGCUAUCAUAAGCUCAAAUAUAAACUCUUAAGCAUUACCAAAAUUUUGUCAUUUAAGCAUGGCAUGUUUUGACAGUAAACUAGUGCUACAUUACCAUCAUGCAAUACUUCCAUAACUAAGUUAUAAAGGUAUAAUUUCUGCCUCAUGUACGUCUCAUUGGAGGAAAAACUUAUAGGCACCAGUGGGAUGGAAAAGUUGUCUUCUCACGCAUGCUCAAAGUUAAUAGCGAACUUUGUCACCUGGGAAAGUGGACUGUUUCAGCAUAAUGGCAGACUACUGUAGCUGUCUGAGGCUAAAGGUAAAAAAAGUUGUCAAUAAGGUCAAAGUUACUAAAUGACCUUUUCUGACUGUCAAUGCAAUGUGUUUUGCAAGACCUCUUGGGUGGAUUGUUAGAUUUUUAAUUCAGAAAAUGUUAGAAGUGAGUCCACUUUUCAGACCAAAUUUAGUGUCUGAGUUUUUAGACCUCAUAAGCAACUCACCAACGGUAGGGGUGGGGUGGGACUGUGGGAGGGGAACAUUGCCAUUUCUAUUUAAAAUUUCCACAUGAUAGUUAUGAGUUUUGAAAUGAACUAGUUGUGUAUAUAUGUUGCUCAACAAAGUAAAAUUACAGAAAAAAUAAGUUACCUUUAUAGAGGUACAAACGUAUACACAUGGCUUUUCAUUGACUAAUUAAAGAGAUGGACAGCAAAUUGAUUAUAGUGUUUUUGUUUCUCUGAUUGGUUCAUCUCCUUUAUUAUAAUUCACAUUUUGUUACUACUACAGUUUUGUUAAGUACAUUUUAAUCUUUUGCUUUUUGAUAUGCAUGGUUUUGAUAACUUUUAAAUAUUAGGUUUUUCUCUUAUUUAUUGUACUGUGUGAUAUAUUUCAUUCUCAACACUAGUAUUAUCAUCACCUUAAUAUGCAAAUAUACCAGAUGAGCUGUUCAAAAUUUGAUAUUAAAAAAAGUGCAGACUGAAAAAA